GCCUGCUCGCCGCGCCGCGCCCCGGCCUCCAGCCGCUGGGAAGCGAUGCGGGAGGAGCAUCAGCCCUACAAGAAACGCACCGUCAGUGAGCUGUACCUGCGGCCACCGUUUCACGUCCCGUCUCCUUCUGGCCCCUUUACUCUUGCUCAACCAGUGACCGUGUUGCCUGCUUUGGGUAGUCCAGUUAGGCCUCCUGAUGCCCGGAAAACUCCUGUUCUUUGUCAUGUUGUUUGUGUAUCCUCUUAGACUCUUUUGAAGGACCCCAAGCUAUCCAGUGUUGUUAUGAACCCUCAUACCAAGAGCGCAGUUAAGCAAAAAGCCGUGAAUGAUGCUUUAGCAAAAGAGAAGAUGUCCCCUAUUACUGUCAACCUGAUGAAUUUGCUUGCUGAAAACGGCCGGUUGCGGUACACUCCAGACAUUGUUUCUGCGUUUGGGAAGAUCAUGAGCGCGUACCGAGGAGAAGUGCUGUGUACAGUCACCACUGCACAGCCCUUGGAUGAUGCCAGCCUUACUGAGCUAAAAAGUGCUCUGAGUGGAUUCUUGGCUAAGGGAGAGGUCUUAAAGCUGGAGACCAAGACUGAUCCGUCAAUCCUUGGUGGCAUGAUUGUCAAUAUUGGGGAGAAGUACGUGGACAUGUCAACGAGGUCAAAGAUCCAGAAACUCACCAAAAUCAUGAGAGAGACUGUCUAGCGAGCUGUCCGCGCCAUUCAAGGGUGUGAAGCCUGUCAGAUGGAAACAAUAAAAUUAUUUCUUCCCGA